UAUCGUCACUGAUCAAGUAACUGCUGAGAUGUUUGAAGCAGUAAACAUAAACGGUCAAUGCUUCGAAGAAAUGAUUUGAAAACUUAGCAGGCGCAGCUAAACUCACCUCACUGGGAAUCUUCUCUACAGCACGAAACGAGCGACCCACCCCAAAUGGAGCAAAACGCUGCGGAGAAAAUCAUCCGACCGCUGGAGGAUUAUAAUUUUCCCGCGCAGUUCAAAACCCUGAAGGAUGUGUGCACCGAACUGGCCAACCACGAGCGUAAAUGUGAAACGAAGCUGAAUAAUAUAAAACACCUGCACACCAAGAUGCUGGACAUGAUGAACGAUCAUCUGGCGCCGGCCGUCGAUGGGUCGGCGCAACAUCCCGACGGUGUAACGGAAGAGCUGACCAUACUGAGCCGGCUGCAGACGUUGAUCGAACAGAACCGAUCGUUGGAGGAGAAAAAUCGACGGUUGGAAAAAGCGAUCGAACAGUUUAGGGAAAAGUUUGAACGCAUCCUAAAAUGAGUUCACAGCAAUGAGCUACUAGAUCUGGACCCCUCUGCCGGUGCUUCAAUCCAGGUGCUAGGUUUUUAAUAAAGCAAAGAUAGGUACAUCAAAGUAACCAUCGUAUUGUAGCGAUGCAAUUCGGUUAUUCCAUUCCCAAGAAAAAGACAACUGCAGAAGGCUACUCCUCCGACUUCGAAAACAACCAUGGACUUGCGGAACAAAAAUCAAUCCACCGCUGUGAGUAAAGCGAAAGGAAAAGUAAAGCAUUUUACUUACCCGGUUGCUCCUAAUUGCAGCAAGAAAAAAAGCAAACAGCGACGAAAAAAU